AUGGCGGUCAAGCAGAUUUGCUCGAUGGUAGGGGCAGAUGACACCGGAGAUGUGUUGUACAUCGUCCUCGACAAGUUCGCUAUGCAUCUUGCGUACCAAGAAAGCUCUAAAGGGACGCUACUAUCGAAAAACUCGGUUGCGAGCUACUUUGGGAAUGUAAAGAACCAUCUACUCGAGCUUUUCCCGGCGCUAAGCAGCGUGUCCAGUCGGCGUCUGCAGAAGGUUGCCUCAAUCGUGGACAAAUACUGUGCUAAGCGGGGCACCGACUUCACGAACCAGGCGCCUCCCUGCACGAAAGCUGACCUCCGGGCACUUAUCACGACAAUCUAUUGCGGCGCUACGACACCUGAUGACUACAAGCAUCGCAUCUGA